ACACACCACCCCCACGCCACGCCCGGGCGGAAUCAAAGCGAACCAGCUCUUGCCCACGUCGCGCCACCCUCUCUCCGGGGCCGCAGAGCCCCCGCGCCGCCGGACAGCCCGUGGCCUCGGAGGUGCUCAGACCCCGGCAUCUCUGGCACCGCGCCCUAAAGGUGCGGGCAGGGCCUCGCCAGGGAUUGUGGGUAAGCGCUUUAAAAGAUGUCCCCGCGCGCCUAGUCGGCUAGGAGCAGUCCAGCCGGGCUCCUGUCAGCGCCAUGCCACUGUCGCUCACCAAGCGCGGCCUUAUGCUGCUGAUGCGCGCCACAGGCUUCUUUAUCCACCUCUUCGGCAUUGCUGCACGAGCCUUCGACUUCCCCCUGCGCCACCGCGGCUGCCGUAUAACCCAGCCCAUGAGCAAGCUCCUGCUGCUCCUGUCAGGGGCGCAGCUAGCGAAACUCAUCCGCCGCAGGAAGGUGAAGUGUACAGAUGUCAUUAACACAUAUAUUGACUGAAUAAAGGAAGUGAACCCAAUGAUCAAUGCAAUUGUCAAGGAUAGAUUUGAGGCUGUUCAGCAAGAAGCCUUGGCAGUAGAUAGGCUGUCAGAGGAACAAGAAGAUGAAGCAACACUAGAAAAGAAAUGGCCCUUCUUAGGGGUCCCUUUGACUGUCAAGGAAGCCUUUGAGUUGCAUGGAAUGCCCAAUUCUUCAGGCCUGGUGAACCGUCAGAAUGUUGUCUCCAAAUCAGAUGCUGCAGUAGUGGCAUUGCUAAAGCAAGCUGGUGCCAUUCCCCUUGGAGUGACCAAUUGCAGUGAGCUUUGCAUGUGGUAUGAGUCCAGCAACAAUGUCUAUGGCAGAACCAACAACCCAUAUGAUGUGCAGUGCAUUGUAGGUGGUAGUUCAGGGAGCAAGAAAAAAGUCCCAGCUGUCCAAUGUCAGAUAAAAAGGUUCCAGCACAAAAAAAUAAAAUUCUACUGGAUGGAACAUGAUGGUGGCUCAUUUCUAGUCUCCCAAGUGGACCAAGAACUGUUUCAGGCCCAACAGAAAGUGGUGAGACAUCUGGAGACUGUGCUAGGUGCCUCAGUUCAGCAUGUAAAACUUAGACAAAUGAAAUACUCUUACCAGAUCUGGGUCACCAUAAUGUCGGCCAAGAACCAUGAUGGCACGGAAACGGUGAAAUUCCAGGAGCUGCUAGGAGAUCAUGGAAAGCCUGUGUGGCCCCUCUGGGAACUGGUGAAGUGGGUCCUUGGGAUGUCAACAUACACCAUCCCUUCUAUUGGUCUGGGCCUGCUGGAGUCAGUUCUCAAACAUGACUCUCAAACCUAUGCCAAGUUUGAAGAAUUAAGGCAAAACCUUUGGUCAGAGCUUGUAGGCAUGCUGGGAAAUGAUGGGGUCUUCUUAUACCCCUCCCAUCCUCAAGUGGCUCCUAAAUACCACUUCCCUCUGACAAGGCUUUUCGACUUUGCUUACACAGGCAUCUUCAAUGCCCUGGGCUUGCCUGUGACUCAGUGCCCACUUGGCCUGAAUAGCAAGGGACUUCCUCUGGGUAUCCAGGUGGUAGCUGGUCCCUUCAAUGAUCACCUGACUCUGGCCAUGGCUCAGUACCUGGAGAAGAGUUUUGGUGGCUGUGUCUGUCCUGGAAAGUCCUAGAAUGACCUUUCCGCAAUUCAGAUUUAUACAAUUUGUGAGUAACAAAGAGCUAAGAGGAAUAACUAACAUUCAGUUCAAAAAAGAUCUUGAUAAGCUUUUAUAGAGCAAAUCUAACAGAUGAAUGAAAUUUAAUGAUGGAUAAAGUUCAACAUCUGGAUUCAAGAAAUCAAUGGCACAAGACAAUGGAGAAAACAUGACUAGACAAUUCAUGUGAAGAAGAGUUGGAGGCUUUAUUGGACUGUAAGCUCCACAUGACCACAACAGCCCACAAAGUGCAAACAAUCUUAGGUUGCAUUGAGUCACGGGGCUUGAGGAGACAUCAUAUUCCUUUUUGGACUCUGUCCUGGUUAAGCCGUAUGGAGUGUUUUGUUCCAUUCUGGCACCAUAUUUCAAGCAAGAUGCAAAUAAGCCUAAGUGUGGGGUACAAGGAAGUAGAAAUCAUAUCAUAUAAGGGAACUUUUAGCCUCUGAGUGUAGCAUCUAUGAUCCUAACAUUUUAAGGAUGUUAGGAAGCAGGAGCUAGAAAUCUAAUCAGCAGUUGGAGCAGGGGACUCUCACUGUUCCUUUCCUUGGAAAGUUAUUUCCCCAUCUCUUCUGGCCAGGCCAUAGUUGUAUUGGCUAGAAGAAUCCUAUCGCUAGCACUAUAGUGGUUGUGACUAGAAGGGAUUGGGGUUCAUUUGAACUCCCCUUUCCAAACAGCCCUCUAUAAUUGUAUUGGCUGAAUGGGGGAUCCUAUUGCUAGCACUGUAGUGAAUGCAAUUAGAAGGGCCUGGAGUUCAUUUGAACUCCCCUUCUUUUGCAUCUUUCACAUUUGGCCAAUAGAUCUCAGUUUAAAAAAAAUGGCUAUUCAAAGGAGAGGGAUAAUUCAUGAGGAUUAGCAAGCAGAGUACCUUCUGAGGGAAACUCCUGGAGCAGUACAAAUGGCUAAAUCUCUUGAAAAUAAUUUCCAGAAACUGAACAUUCAUUUUCAAAACUAACCUUUAACAUUCAUAUGCACAUUUCUAUAAAGAAGAUGGCAGUCAAUCAUAAAUCAAUGCCCUCGUCCUCCCCAGUGAGGGUUUCUUCAUUAGACACAAGAUUCCAUAGCUUUAUAGCUCAUAAAGCCAGAGUAUGGUCUUUAAAAGAUGGAGAGAAAGUAGGAGAGAAAAGAACAGAGAGAAAAUGGAGACUUCACAAGCCUUCAAGGUCAACGAACAUAGAGGGAUUUGUACUGCAGGUCCAGUGGGGCGAAAGAAGAGGAAGAUGAUUAAGGAUAGCUCUUUGUGCAGAGGAGAGGAGGAAAGAGUUACUGAUUGCUCCAUCAUCUGGCCUGACAGGCAUGAUGAGAAAGAGAUGGGGGGGGGGUUGUAUGAGAGAUGCAGCUAAGCAGUGCCCCGCAGAGACAGCCAGCAAGUAUUUGUUAAGUACCUACUAUGUGCCAAGCACUCUGCAAGAGCCUUCCUUACAGUAUUCUUCCCACUCCUCCUGGACACUUGGAAGCUAGUCUGACAAAAAUUGCCCAUUACCUCUUUGGCAUCUCCUUAGACUGCUUGCUGGGAUUUGUAGGCAAAAACUUAACUUGUGCAUCCCAAGCUGUUAUAUAUGUUAUAUUGGAUGGCAACCAACUUCAUUUUGAUGUGCCUCCCUUUUCUAAGAGAUUAUUCUAGUUUGAAUCAAUAAGUUCUUUUCCUGUUAACAACAAAGUGUCUACUUCAAUCUAGGCACGUGGUCUAACAUUGCCUACCUUCUCAAAGUUUUAUUAUGCUGUUUUGAAUCCUUAUGGGGCAGGGGAGGCAAAUGUGCUCCUCCCCUCCUUCCUCAUUAUUCCAUACACUCCAAGACUCCGCAUUGCACAGAAGUUCUGUAUCUCUAGGGAUAUAUGUGAAUCCUGUUUUGAUGUUGGUCCAUGGCCUAAGAGCUUAGUGAUUAAGACCAUCAAUAAUGAGCUCCCCCUAAUGCUGCAGAAAGAGAAUAUGAAAGAUUGAGAGCUUAGAAAAAGAUGGCUGAUGAUUAGUAGCCCACAAAGACUAAUUAAGCACUUCCCAACCAAUGCCCAUCCUUCUCAUGUCCAGAUGGUGAAGAAAAAAGGGAAAAUGAUGACCACAUAGUUGUUGUUGAGUCGUGUUGGACUCUUUGUGACCCCAUGGACACAAAGGCCCUUCUAUCCUCCACUCUCUCUCAAAGUUUGUCCAGGCUCAUGUUUGUUAUUUCCAUGACACUAUCUAUCCAUCUCAUCCUCUGCCAUCCCCUUCUCCUUUGGCUUUUGAUCUUUUCCUACAUCAGGGUCUUUUCCAAUGAGUCCCAUCUUCUCAUGUGGCCAAAGUAUUUCAGCUUCAGCUUAAACCACAUAGUUAUGGGUCUCGUUUUCCCUGAGUGGUGAUUUGGGGUUGCCAAGUUCUGCUGUAUCUAGAAAGCUGUUCUAUGGCAAGUUUCUUUUAGAAUUGAAUUAGUCGGAUUUCUGAGCCCUGGGUGCUGGCUUGUUUGAGCCUUAAAAAGCUGAUCAUUGGAUCCUGCUGGCAAUUAAAGCCCAUGAAAAGUAGUUCUUUCCAGAGCUUCAGGGUUCCCCGAUUCAGCAUGCAUUUUAACCACAAGUUCUUUCCAGAGUUUGAGGGCUCCCUGGUUCAGCAUGCAUUUUAACCACAAGCACAUAGAAUUUUAUAGCUAAAAGAGGCUUCUGAAAUCAUUUAUUCCAAUUCCUUUGUCUUAUGAAUGUGGAAACUAAGGUAAUAUUGGACAAGUCACCUGUGUCUCAGUUUUCUUAUCUAUAAGAUGAGGGGAUUGGACUAUAUGGCCUCUUCUCCUUCUAGCUUAAAAGCCCAUGUCCCAGAAGGCAAGGCCAAGCUAGAACUUGGACUUGUGGCCUUCUGCUUUCUUGUCAUACCUGUCCCCAUACCUUCUCCCCCCAGGGCUACCUCACAUCCCUCUGAAGUUCAAGGGCUGAAGUCAAUGCAUUUGCUGCUUUUCCCUUUUUAAAAAAAGAUUUCCUUUCUAUUAUCAUGAACUUGACAAAUGCCAACAAAAUGAACAUUUUCCUAUAUAAAGAACAGAAAAAAGAAGAUUGUAUAUGGAGUUGUAAAGCUCCACUAGGUACAGCUUAGGAAGUUUUUGUGUUUUUCAAAGUUUAAUUCAUACCCACCAAAUUGUCUUGAGCAUCAAUUUCCAUGUACUUUCUGGGUCCAGACUGUCUUCUCACCUUGUUCCUAUGUUUCACACCCAACCUUUUUCUUAGUUCUCUCAGGUUUUCCUUACUACUGUUGCUGUACCCUAGUAAAUGCUUCAAUCUUUUCUCCAUGUAGCUCUUGUUGCUGCUUGCCUGAUCUUAUCUUCAGUAGGGCCAUGUUCAGUGCAGACAUUUAAUUGCAACUCUCUCUUGGCUAAAAUAUGAGUUUCCAACUCUAGGUCCUAAUUGACAGAUUUGGAAAACAAAUGACACAAGUAAAAGCCACACUGUUGCUCUUGAAGCACAGAGUAUAUCUAACAAAUAAAGUCUGGGCAAUUCUGUUUC